AUGGUGAAUUUUGAUUUGAGCCAAGUGGGUGCAACGUUCCGUAAAAAGGAUAAAGAAUAUAAAGAUGUGGUAGUCCCCGAGGAAGAAGAAGAAGACAUUGAUGCAUCUGAAUUUGAAGAUGAUGAAAUUCUGCCUCAAAAAGUGAAAAAUAGAAGACCUCGUGAAGAUGAUUUCACUCAACAACGAUUAGCUGCAUUGAAUCCAGUUCUAACUCCAAAGACAGUUAUACCAAUAUAUUUAAUCAUUGCAGGUGUUUUCGUUAUCGUUGGGGGAUGCCUAUUAGCCUUAGCGUCUAGAGUCGAUGAAAUGACUUUAUAUUAUCAAGAUUGUAUGACUGCUGCUCCGACCGAUGAUUUCGCAGAUAUGCCAACUUCACAUUAUAAAUAUUAUUUCCAUAACCUUCCUAAUUUUGAUACUAGUCCACAAUGGAGGUUCAUUGAUGAUCCAAAUGAUGAUUUCCAAGAACGUGGGACAUGUCAAAUAAGAUUCACCAUUCCAAGAACAAUCAAGAAGACCGUUUAUAUAAAUUAUAUGCUAGAGAAAUUUGCUGCAAAUCAUAGACGUUAUGUCUUAUCAUUCAGUGAAGAUCAACUUAGAGGUGCAAAAGCCUCCUAUGAUGUUAUCCAUGAUUCUACUGGUAUUAAUUGUAAACCAUUAGCUAGAAGUAGUAAUGGUAAAUUAUAUUAUCCAUGUGGAUUAAUUGCUAAUGCAAUGUUUAAUGACACGUUCCCAAUGGAAUUGAUUAAUGUUACUGACACUUCUAAUAAUUACCCAUUAACGAAUCAAGGAAUUAAUUGGAAGACUGAUAGACAAAGGUUUAAGAAGACUAAAUAUAAUUAUACUGAAAUUACCCCACCGCCAUUUUGGGAAAAAAGUUUCCCUGACGGAUAUAAUGAGACUAAUAUUCCAAACAUUCAAGAGUGGGAAGAAUUUCAAAAUUGGAUGAGACCUGGUGCAUUCGACAAAUCAACUAAAUUGAUUAGACGUAAUGGGAAUGAUAGUCUACCUGCAGGUGAAUAUGAAAUUGAUAUUGGAUUACACUGGCCCGUUACUGAAUUCAAUGGUAAGAAAGCAGUAUAUAUUACACAUGGUUCAAGUAUAGGAGGAAGAAAUUCAUUCCUAGGUAUUGUCUACUUAAUUGGAGGUUGUAUUUGUUGUGCCAUGGCGAUUGUAUUAGCAGGAUGCUGGGUGAUGAGUGGGCGGAAGAUUGCCGAUCCAAAUUCUUUGUCAUGGAAUAAACAUUAG